AUGAUCGAAAUUAUUCUUCGUUCAUUAAAUGCUUUUAUUCAUCCAACAUUGAUGUAUGCACGUUGGAAAGAUUGGGAUGGAAACGCUCUUGAACAUCUGCCAAUACUCUAUCAUGAUAUUGAAGAAUACAUGGCUGCUCUCCUGGCGAAAGUCAGUGAGGAAAUUGUAAGAACAAGCAAACGGAUCAUGUUAGAGUAUCCCGAAAUAGACCUAUCUAAUGUCAUUCCUCUGUACGAGUGGGAGCUAUUGUAUUAUGGAGAUUAUAUCACAGACAAAUCGAAUUUGAUGACAACCAUACGCACGAAUUCUGGAUUACAGGGUAUCACGUAUCCUAUGAUCAAGACUGAAACUGAAAAGUAUAUUCCAGAUUUUAAGCAUCGCUUUCUGACUGAAUAUGUUCUGUUUGGCUUACUUGUUAUUCGCAGUAUUGCAGAGAUGGCUGGCGUUUCAACUCCAUGUAUGGAUGAUGUCCUCACUUGGUGCCAACAGAAAAUAUGCCAAGAGUAUUUGGUAGGCUCGAAAUUGAUUACCAAAAACUUGGCAACUACGAGAUGUCCACAACGAUACGGCUUGAUAACAAUUGCUCAAAUUCUCCGGUAUUAUUCGAAAAAUCAGCAGACGCACAAUGAUGCUGAAUUAUGUUGA